UCGUGUGCAUGACGAUCCGUGUACGAUUAUGUCUGCAUGUGUCUGUAAACGCUGUAAACUGUAGCGCUUGCGUUUUUGGAAGUUAUUGGCGAAAUUUGUAUCACGUGUGUAUGUGUGUGUGAGGUUUACAAAUAUGGGUGUUCGUAUAAAGCUUAUUCGAAAAAGAGGUAGCACAAAACUGAAAGUCAGACACAAAAUCAAGCACCACAAAGGAGCUAUUAGAAUUAAGAAGCUUAAAAAUUCCAAAACGAAUUAUACCGCGAAGCGGGAACGCAAAUGCACAAGGAAGCCUGAUGAAGGAACUGUCAGGAUUAAUAAGUUAAAUGACUUUGAAGUAGAUAUUUAUGAAGAUAAGAGGCCUGUUGCAGGCCAAAAACCGUCACAUACCUUGCUGUUUUAUAAGGUGGAGUCCAGUGUUUCUGCUAUGCUGCAAUUGAGGGAUGUUGAAGCAACAUCAAAGAAUGUGCCAUUGUUUAUGGAUGAAGGCCAGCCUGUGCACUUGGUAGUGCAAUGCAUUAGGAUUCCUGAGAUGUGUAACCAACAUUUCAGAUUCUGUUUGCCACAUCCACUGAUUGACAAGUCGUCUGAAGUGUGCCUUAUCGUUCCUGAUCUCAAGAAAGGAAAGCAUAUAGAUCAUGAACCAACAGUUGAACAUUAUAAGAACCUUUUGGAAAAAAAUAAUAUUACUGGAAUCUCACAGGUGAUGCCACUGAGACAGCUGAAAGUGGAAUAUGAUCAGUAUGAACUUCGCCGUCGUUUAGUGAGCCAGUUUGAUUUAUUCCUCUCAGAUGGUCGAAUUGCUGGGCACACGCUUGAGCUUCUUGGCAAGGAAGUCUAUAAGAGACGGAAGCUGCCAGUUGCAGUGAAUAUGAGAGCAAAGAACCUGAGGAUUGAAUUUGAAAAAUGUCUUAGCAAGACGCUAAUGAUGAUGAAUGCGCACGGAAAUAAAGCGGCUCUCAAGGUUGGACACACAAAACAGUCAGUAAAGCAGAUAUCAGAGAACAUCAUGGCUGUUGCAAAGUGUCUGGCAGAACGCUAUCCAGGAGGGUGGGACAACAUCCGUUCACUGCAUAUUCACUUGCAAGAUUCCCCGCUCAUACCCAUAUAUAUUUCACUCAAGAGCAGCAACGAGGUGGCUGUGCCUGUUGUGAAACCUGUCAUACCAAAGAAAGCCAAACCUGUUGAGGGAGAGCUCACGACAUUCCCAGGAACCCAUGUCACAGUGAUGCCCAGUGGAGAGGUGAUAGUGAAGAAAAUGGAACGGACAAAAGAGGACAUUGAGAUGGGUCUCAGUGACUCUGACUGGGAGGAAUACAACUCUGAUGAGGAAAUGGAUGUAGGUAGUGAGGAUGAAGUUCCUACAGUCAAUGCAGAUGAGAAGACAAAAGUAGAACCACAGCCUGACCCAGAAGAAGGACAGGACUCAGAAGAUUCAGAUGAUGGAAAUGAAGAAACAGUUGAGGCUGCAGAAGAUGCUUAUCUCAAUGAGUGGACAAAGCAGUGGAAUGCAAAUGUUGAAGUUAGUAAUACGAGAAAAGAAAGAGGAACUAAUAAUGAAGCAAAAGAAGAACCUGAGAAGAAGAAACGAAAAAUUGUCAAGAGUAAAAAGGACAAACAGAAAGUAACAGAAAGCAAAAUUAAAACAUUAGGAAGGAAUAAACAAAAAAAGAGUAUUGCAAUAAAAAUUAUGGAAAAGUCACAACCAGACUCAAAGGAACCUAAACUAUCCAAGAAAGACAAAACUGAAUCAAUUGGAAGUCUGGGUUUACCAAACAGGAAGUCUGCUCAAAAUAAACUUAAUAAGGGACAAAAAGUGCAUAAAAAGGGGCACAAGAAGACACUUUUGACCAAACUAGCUAAGAAGAAGCUGAAUGUGUGGAAGACAGAGCAAAUUUCUCAAAAUGAUGCUGCUGUAAAAUAAUGUACUGUAAGUGUGGUUAAUUGAUGAUACAAUAAAAUAUUUUAGACAUGA